AUGGCGGCGGGCGGCGGAGGCGGCGGGCGGGCCUCGUCGUCGUCCUCCUCCUCCUCCUCUUCGUCGUCGGCGGCCGCCGCCUCCUCCUCUUCGUCGUCGUCGUCGUCUUUGGAGGCCUCGCUGGAUCGGAAGCUGCAGGCGGUCACCAACACCAUGGAGUCCAUCCAGGGCCUGUCCUCGUGGUGCCUGGAGAACAAGCGGCACCACAGCACCAUCGUCUGCCACUGGAUGAAGUGGUUGCGGCGCUCCGCUUUUCCCCACCGCCUCAACCUCUUCUACCUGGCCAACGACGUCAUCCAGAACUGCAAGCGCAAGAACGCCAUCGUCUUCCGCGACGCCUUCGCCGAAGUGCUGCCCGAGGCCGCCUCCUUGGUCAAGGAUCCAUCCGUAUCCAAAUCCAUCGAGAGGAUCUUCAAGAUCUGGGAGGACCGGAACGUGUACCCGGAGGAAACCAUCCUGGCCCUAAAGGAAGCUCUGAGUACCACGUUCAAAACAAAGCAGCUGAAAGAAACCCUCAGCAAACAACCCAAUAAGGCAUGGAAGAAAGCUCCGGCAUCCACCAAUCCCAAAGCUGCUCUGAAGUCCAAGAUUGUGGCUGAGUUCAGGCCACAGGCUCUCAUCGAGGAGCUGCUCUCGUACAAGCGCUCCGAGGAGCAGAUGGAGCUCAAGGAGAAGCAGCUUUCCACCCUCCGCGUCGACGUCUGCAGCACCGAGACCCUCAAGUGUCUCAAAGAUAAAACAGGAGGGAAGAAGUUCUCCAAGGAAUUUGAGGAAGCCAGUUCCAAGCUGGAGGAAUUCGUCAAUGGCCUGGACAAGCAAGUGAAGAACGGGCCCUCCCUCACGGAGGCCUUGGAAAACGCCGGGAUCUUCUACGAGGCUCAGUACAAGGAAGUCAAGGUGGUGGCCAACGCUUACAAAACCUUUGCCAACCGUGUGAGCAACCUAAAGAAGAAGCUGGACCAGUUGAAAGCGACGCUUCCCGAUCCGGAGGAGUCUCCCGUCCCUUCCCCCAGCAUGGAUGCCCCCUCUCCCACGGGCUCCGAGUCGCCAUUCCAAGGCAUGGGAGAGGAGGAUCACGCCCGUUCGCCGGCGGUCGGGAGCCGGAAGCCGGCGUCUCCGGAGCCGGUGACGGAUAACCGGGACGUGGAGGACAUGGAGCUCUCCGAUGUGGAGGACGACGCAUCCAAAAUCAUCGUGGAAGAGAGGAAGGAAAAGCCGACGGCUCCAGCACCCCCCAAGCCUGAAAGCAUCCCCAAAGCCGUGCCCAGCACCACGGCACCAACCCCGGUGCCGGUGCCGGUGCCGGCACCAACCCAGGCCCCCCCGACCCCUCCGGCCCCGAAGGCAGCGCCCGCCCCUCCGGCCCCUGCCCUUGCCUUGCCCAACCUGGCCAAUGUGGACCUGGCCAAGAUCAGCUCCAUCCUCAGCAGCUUGACCUCGGUGAUGAAGAACACAGGUGUGAGCCCAGCUUCCAGGCCUUCUCCAGGCACCCCCACGAGCCCCACAGCUCUCAGCAGUGGGCUGAAGCCUCCCGCCCUGGCUCCCCCCUCUGCUCCUCCCAAUCCCUUGGCCAACAUCCUCUCCAAAGUGGAAAUCACUCCGGAAAGCAUUCUGUCCGCUCUGUCCAAAACGCAGCCCCAGACGGCGCCGGCUUUGCAAGGUUUAUCCUCCCUGCUCCAGAGCGUGGCUGGAAGCUCCGUUCAAGCCAGCGAAGCCUCUUCCCAGAGCACCGCCGCCUCUCCCGCCGGCGCCAGCAUUCCCAGCGGGAAGGGCAGGAAUGUUCCUCCUCCCAGCUCCCAGUCCUUCCUAUCCAAAGGCUUCGGGUAUUCUCCCAACUCCUCCAGUGCCGAGGUCUCCUCCGCCCCUGUUAACAAAGCCCCCAUUGGACCCCCCCCGGGCAUCCCUUCUUUUAAGCCUCCAAGCAAUUCCUUGGCCUUUCCCAGCUCCCACCCCCCGAGCCCCUCAUCCCUGUUGCCCGCAGAAACCCCUCUGGCUCAAGGCUCCGAGCUUCCCAAAGCCAAGCUGGAAGCGGAGCCGCCUUCUCCCAGCCUGGAGAUGAAGAUCCACAACUUCCUGAAGGGAAACCCGGGCUUCAGCGGCCUCAACUUGAACAUCCCCAUCCUCAGCAGCUUAGGGGCCGGCACGGCGCCGGAAAGCCACGCGCCCGACUUCCAACGGGCUCCCACCAGCGCUUCCAUGGAUAACGUGGACGGGACGCCGGUGCGGGAUGAGCGGAGCGGGACCCCUACCCAGGAUGAGAUGAUGGAUAAACCCGCUGCCAGCACUGUGGAUACCAUCUCCUUGCUGUCCAAGAUCAUGAGCCCGGGCUCUUCCACUCCCAGCAGCACGCGGUCCCCGCUGCAGAGCCGGGACGAGGGCUAUUCCCAAGAGCUUCCCAGCGCCGUGCAUUCCUACCGGCCCUUUGGGAUGGGGAGGGAAUCUCCCGGCGGGCUCUACAAGCAGCCUGCCGACAGCCUGGAGCUGCCUUCCUCCUUGCUGGAAUCCUCCCAGGAGAAGUUCUAUCCCGACGCCCCUUUCCACGAGGAUGAGGAUUACCGCGACUUCGAGUACGCGGGGCCGCCGCCGGCCGCCAUGCUCAACCUGGAGAAGAAACCCACCAAAUCCAUCCUGAAAUCCAGGAAGCUUUCCGAAGGCGCGGAAUUCCAGCCGCUCCUGCCCGCCUACGCGCAGAGGGUGCAGGACUUCGGGAUGAAGGCCCCCUUCCCUCCAUCCAUGAGAUCCAUCCUGGAGCAGAGCGAGCCCUGCGACCCCUUGGCUGCAUCCCCGGGGCUCUAUGGGAGCUAUGGCCUCCGGGGCAACGAUUCCACCUCGGAUGGAUCCCAUUCCCCCGGGAAGAACGACGCCUUCUUCGCCGCCGACUCCAACCACAACGCCCUGCCCAAGGCCGUGGCGCAUCCCGGCCUCGCUCCCAAGCCGUUCCCAGACUCUCCCCACUCCCUUCCCCUCCGUUCCCUGUUCUCUUCCCAAGCGUCCCUUCCCAACGUGGAGAAACCUUUGGCUUCUCCCAUCUCCACCACGUCCACCAUGGAAUUCAAGACCAUGCUCAAAAACGCUUCGCGCAAACCCUCGGAAGAGAAGCAUUUUGCUGCCGUUCCCAAAUCCGAGGCCGGCGAUCCCAAAGGAAAAGGGCAGGAGGAGCACUUCCGCAUCGAGACGCGCGUCUCCUCCUCGUCCUCCUCCUCCUCCUGCUUGGACUUACCCGACGGCGGCGAGGAGAAAGGGGCUCCCAUCGAAACCUUGGGCUACCACAACGCUUCCAACCGCGGAAUGCCGGGAGAACCCAUCCAGACGGUGGAAUCCAUCCGGGGCUUGGGCAAAGGGAGCAGAGGCCACGGGCGGGAAGGGAGCAGGGGUUGGUUCGAGCUCGGCGCCGGUGCUGGCGGCGCCUUCAGCAACGGCCCCUCGGAGCAUCCCGCCAUGGCGGCGGCAUUCCCAACUCCCUACAAGGAGCACGUGGCGGCUCCGCCACCGCCGCCGUUCCCGGAGAGCGUCAACAACUUCCGGAGCAACAGCUUCACCGCGCCCUUCGAGCAUCACUUGGCGGCGGCACCGCCGCCACCGCCUGCCAUGGAGCACGGGACUCCCUUCCCGCGGGAUCCAGGGCCCCCCCCCAAGGACCACGGCGCCUUAUUCCCAAGGGAUCGCCUGCCGGCCGUGGAUCACAGCAACCCCUUCGCCAAGGAAGCCUCGGCUCCGCUCGCGCUGCCCCCCCCCGCCGCCAUCGACCAUCCCGGCGUCCCUUUCCCCGCUCCCCCUCCGCCGCCCGUUCCCGGCGAGCAUCCCAACAUCCCCUUCCCAUCCCAACCUCCGGCAGCGGGGGAGCACGGAGCCGCCGGCCCCUUCCCAGCGCCGCCGCCGCCUCCCCCCCCGCCGCCCCCCCCGGCUCUGGAGCACGGCUCCCUCCACCCUGGGACACUCAAGGAGCAUUUCUCCGGCCACGCCGCAUCCCGGGAAGCGCAGCCCCAAAGCCGGGAUCUGGGCCCGGCUCCUUUAUCCCGCGCUCGGGAAGCCGUGGCCAUGACCCCCCUGUCCAGGGAUCCCUUGGCUGGGGGGGGAGCAGCGGCAGCAGCAGCACCGAGGCCUUUGGGCCCCCCCCCAAGCACUGGGGGGCGCGGGGGGGUGCUGCUCAGGAACCCCCGCACCGAGUUCAGGCCCAGGGAGCCCUUUGGGAGCAGAGACCCCUUCCAUAGCCUGAAACGGCCACGACCCCCCUUUGGCAGGGGGGGGGCCCCCUUCUUCACCCCCAAACGCCCCUUUUUCCCCCCCCGGUACUGAAGCAGCCGCCCUGAGCG